AUGAGAAGAGAAAGAGUGCCUUUAUGGGUAGCUGUGAUUCUCAAGUCACAGAACAAGUGUAGUAUAGUACCUCCUAAAUGGAUGAGCUUGGCCUACUUGACCGAGAAACACGAGGAAGAAAUCAGAAAGCCUGGCAUGUUCAGCGACCUUCCGUGGAAUUGGCUUGAAGUGUCAAAGAUGUUGCUUUCUAAAGCUUCUGACGAUUUGUCAGAUCCUUCGCAUCAAUUGAGAUCUAUAAUUCAAGAUCUAAGAGAAAUCAGACUAGUCAAGUCCAGAAAGGGUUUAAGAGAGUUGAACGAAUCCAACAUCCAGUUGAAUGGGUUGUCACUCAUGGAAAUCAACGAAUUGCGUCCGUUUGUGUUGACCGUGAUGAACAAGUUGCGAAAGCUACACGAUACCAAGUCUGGCAGAAAUGCUGAAGCUGAAGAGAUGGAUGUAGAAGACGAAGAUGACUAG